GUUUAAAAAUUAUUAAACAUACUUUAUUGUCUUUGGCUGACUGAUCGAUUAACUAAUUUCAUCGAAGAUUACAUUGCUAUUUCAGUAGGAACGAGUAACAUGCCCUUACUUUGUCACAAAGGUCAAAAAGGUAAUUUAAUUAACUGCCAACUUCAGAGGCUCAUCGUGACUGUCUUUUAUUGCAACGGAAUAUAUUUGGGUUGCGUGUUUGUAACCACGUCCCAUCGACCAAACUUACUUGAAGAAACUUCGCUUGCAUGUUGUGAAAUCGCGCGGUCUACGUGAGCACACCCUCAUCUCCAGUUGUGACACAAGGAAAAGGAUAUUUUUGAAUUUCUUAGAAAAUUACGUCAUUGUAUAAGUGAUCUGAUUCAGCGUGACGAAAUUUGCGGAGUGUUAGUUCCGGUUGAGAAACUUUCUUCUAUCAUUUACAAUGGUCUAAUUUGAAGAUCUGCAAAUAUUUUUCCGCGCAACACUACACGAACCUGCAGUUUUCUUGUAGCAGAAAAGUAAAACAAAAUGAAAAUGUUCGAGACACUUCUGGAUUCUAUCCCCAAGAACCGUUCUCUCAUCGUGAACGAGCUGGAGCUUCCCGAAGAUAUUUCCCUGACGUAUACAUGGACGGAGCUGGACCGUUUGGAGCGGGAGGAGUCUUUGGCAGCGAGGAGUGACAGCGCACUGUCAGGGGCUGAUUAUGAAGGGCACACGGCCAGUACGCUGUCCAGUGCACCUCUGUCAAGAGCUAUGACGGAUUCGGAGAUUGACUAUACGCGGUAUAGACGGCUCAAAAGCAGAAGCUUCAGUGACCCUUGGAGCCAAAUGAGAGCUGCUCUAGAUGCGUUUCCACCUGGAUAUCUUGCUUCGCUCAACAGCUUCCACAACUCCUCGACCGACGUCUCCGACUUCUCGACGCAGCUGACCUCAUACGAGCGCGCGCGCCGCUACAACGAGGAGUUGCGGCUGAAGAUGGAGCGGUUCUUCGAGGAGGAGUGCCGGGUGUUCACGCCUGACGACCCAGGGUUGCUGGCGCUUGAGGACGCUCUGGAAUCGCUGGAUUUGAAGGUGACGAGUUUGGAUUUUAAAGGAUUAUGA